UCCUCACUUGGUGAUUCAAGUUCACUAGGAUUGCAUGCUUCAACCCUUGAGAACGAUAUGGUGGGGUACAACAUUGAACAAACAAACAUGCUGAGUCAACUUACCAGAGACUCGCCUGAACUGGAAGUCAUCGCUGUUACUGGUAUGGGCGGCAUUGGUAAGUCAACUUUUGCCAAAAAGCUGUUUUCUCAUCCCUCAGUUUUGAGCUUCUUUGACAUCCGUGGAUGGAUUACUGUGUCUGAGGACUAUAGUUAUAGAAAGAUGCUUUUAGGCCUCCUUAAAGAUGUUAAUAUUGGGAAGGAAAAAGACCUUGAUAAGAAAAACGAUUCAGAUUUAGCUGUUUGCUUGAAACAAAGUUUAAUGGGUCGAAGGUAUUUGAUUGUUGUGGAUGAUAUAUGGAGCAAAAACGCUUGGGAUGAGAUUAGACUGUGUCUUCCAGACGAUGGUAAAAGAAGUCGGGUAUUGUUGACUACUCGAGACAUUGAGGUUGCUCAAUAUGCUAGCUCUUUGAAGGAUUCUUUCAAGAUGCAUUUACUAGGCCCUGAUGACAGUUGGAAUUUGUUUCACCAAAAAGCAUUUGCAGAAAAAGGUUUUCCAAUUGAAUUUGAGGAUGUUGGGAAGGACGUUGCAAAAAACUGCAAAGGAUUACCACUUAUGAUUGCCGUGGUUGCCAAGAUUCUGUCUAGCAAGAGGACAUUGGAAGAGUGGAGAAAAGUUGCUGAAAGUGUGAGCUCAUUAGCAGACGUUGAUGCUUAUCAACAAUGCUCGGGAGUGCUUGCUUUAAGCUACAAUCAUCUUCCUUCUUAUCUGAAAGGUUGCUUUCUGUAUUUUGGACUUUUUCCUAAAGCUAGUGAAAUUUCUAUGGAAAAGUUGAUUAGAUUAUGGAUUGCGGAAGGGCUCCUAAAAGUAAAGGGGAUGGAGGGAUUGGAAGAAGUGGCUGCUAGUCAUUUAAAUCAUCUUAUUGAUAAAAGUCUAGUUAUUGUUAGCAAGAGAAGUAUGGAUGGUAAAAUCAUGAAAUGUAUGAUUCAUGAUCUUGUUCAUGAUUUCUGCUUGAAAGAAGCUGACUGCCAAAAUCUUCUGUAUAUUGUGAAUAACGAUAUUGAUGGACCUCUAUGGGUUAUUCCUGAAGGUUGCAGGUGGGUAUCACAACAAUCAAGGGGCUUUUAUUUUCACAGUCGAUUCCCUGUUCUUGCUUAUAGCAAAUUACGUUCCUUUUCUGUCAAUUCUAGAGCAUUAAUUCUUGAUGUAGAAAGGUGUCAUUUCAAACUUCUUAGGGUAUUGGACUUGGAGAAAAAUGAGGUGAAGAACUUGGUUUUGGAAAACAUACAAACUGUUUCUGGGUUGAUACCUUCUUGUUGCACAAAAGAAAUAUUUGAAGCGAUUAAGAAAGUGAAGAAAUUGGAAAUUUCUGGUAAAGCAGAGGAAUUUCAUAGCGAGAUGGGAUGGUUAACAGUUCCGCCUGAUUUUGAUUCCGACCAGCUGCCGUGUUUAAUCAAUCCAAGUCCAGGUUCUUUCCCACCAAAUCUCAAGAAAUUGACACUUAGCCGUACCUGUCUUCCAUGGAAUUGCAUGAACAUUUUUAGCAAGUUGCCCAAUCUCGAGGUGCUUGAAUUGAAGGAUGAUGCCUUCUCGGGCGUUGAGUGGGAAAUAACAGAGAUGGGAUUCCGUAAAUUGAAGUUUUUACUCCUUGAGGAUCUGUAUCUUAGAUAUUGGACAGCCGCCGAUGAUUAUUUCCAAUGCCUUGAGCGUGUCUGCAUCAAAGAAUGCACACUAUUAAAAGAGAUCCCAGAAGGAUUUGCAGAUAGUGUGACGCUGCAGCUAAUUGAAUUACAUAAAUGCCGUCGUCCUCUUGUGACUUUUGCCAAGCAGAUCCAGGAAAAGCAUGAGGAAUUGGGAAACAACAUGCUUAAAGUUUAUGCCUUUGAUUCAAUUCUACAAUGGAAGAAAGAGCCCUGAACCAAUUUAUAGGUAGAUUUGGUGAUAGAAAUAUGUUAGGAACAACAAACCUUUGGGAAGGCCUUGCUUGGAGGACCAUAUCUUUAUCUAUCUGCUACUUGUGUAACAGAGGGAAGCAAUAUCAACAAAAAUAUUACUUUAACCUCUUGAAAAGGUGGCACAUGAAUUGUUGCCCAAAGAAAAAAAUGCCUCCUAUAUCAAUGAUAAGGAGGGGAGAUCAUAUUUUAACAAUUGUCAUGUGGUUGAAAUUAAAUAUGCUUGAUCAUAUAAGAAAAGGACUAUGAACUCUAA